GGCUGCUGUUAUCAUCGGUUAACACCGUUGGCUAUCCAGAAGCGCGUACCUGUGACAUCGUCGCCCCACGCAACGCCAACGAAAGUGACAGAAUCGACGUGGGAAAGCGGUGCCAAGACCAGCGCGAAUCCAACGGCUUGUGUACUACAAUGUCGCUACGAUCAGAUUUCUUAUCGCUAUCGGCUUCCAUUGAGGUUAACUUCGACUGCCACCACUCAGCGUCAUAUAAAAUUGAGUCGUCACAAUCAUUUUGGCAGCGCAUCGUACCAAAGUUUGCAAAAAAGGCCAUUCAGAAAUAUACGAGUAAGUUAUACACAAAGCUCCAAGGUGACACAAGGGACGGAUCUGGCAAUAGGUCUUGGUGCGGUUUCAUUUCACGAUGCACGCAAGAAGUUCUCUCCGACCUGAGUACUUCACACAUGAGCGAAAGCAAAAGACCUAAUCGACGCUGGGAGAUUCUAUACGACGAAAUCGAUGAGCUGAAUUUUCGGCUUGGAGAGGGUGGGCAAGGCGCGGUGUCCCUCGGCAUGUAUCAAAAUACAUUGGUUGCCGUAAAAAAAGUGAAGAGAAAUCGCGACACAGACCUCGAUCAUUUGAAGGAACUUCGCCACCCAAACAUUGUGCAUUUUCUUGGCGUAUGCUCCCAAGCAGAGCAAUACUUUAUUGUCAUGGAAUACUGCCCCUACGGAGAUCUAUAUGGAGCGUUACAUGUACAUGGACAAAGUACUCCGUCUAAUGUUGUCAAGUGGUCCAAGGGGAUCGCCGCUGGAAUGGAGUAUCUCCAUAAACAUCGAAUUAUUCAUUGUGAUCUCAAAUCGCCAAACAUAUUGAUUGGACGUAAAAGUAACGUCAAAAUCAUUGAUUUUUGUAGCACCGGUGGCAGUAAGGCGUUGCGAAGGCCUGAGUCUAAUCAACGGUUUAUGUACACUGCAGCAUGGAGUUCACCAGAGAAUAUUCGGAAAGAAUCCUCCUGUUAUACCGGAGACGUCUGGUCAUACGGUGUUGUCCUUUGGGAACUACUGACCUGCGAAGUCCCGUACAAAAAUUUACACCCUAAUAUGAUUCUCUACGGCGUGGCUCAGAAUCGUAUUGGUCUACCUAUAGCAAGGUCUUUGCCGAAAGGCUACAGAAGGUUGAUAGAAGAAUGCCAGAACCACAAACCGCAGAAACGACCUUCUUUCAAGCAAAUCAUCAGGCGUCUAGAAACAGCGUGCAGUGACCUGUUGUCAUUUUCAGAAAAGGCUUUUUGUCUGGCGCAAGCCGAAUGGAACACAGAAGUUGGAUUGGAUCAAAGCAAUGAGUUUACGAAUCCGUGGCUUAAAGCGAACAGGGAGCUUUCUGGUGGACCGAUUGCUGACUUUGAGUAUGAUCGUUACGCCUGGCACUAUUACACUGGAAUAUUAGAGACUGGCGACAAGCCGGAUCAAUGUUUAGACGAGGCAAUGCGAUGGAAACGCACAUUGACAAUUCGCGAAGCGGAAUUUUCUGCUGCCACUGUAUAAGUAAUGUGGUGAAAUCUCUGUUUAAGCACAGGACUAAGCUGCGACCGGGGGGUAGAACGCGAGAUUGUUUUCCUACCGUAAGACAACUAUGCACAUAAGGACGACACGGUAACCAGUACUCCACCAGGUUUCGAGCAACAUCUGUUACUCCUAUCAUAGUUGCCUAUUUAGGUUUUUUAAAAGCGACUAAGAAACUGGCUGUUGCACAGGGGCUAUAGUUGCACCGAAACGUAGUGGUAUGCCAGGCAACUUCAGUUAUCAGCGAUAAAAUAGGUGGAACUUAUGAGAAAGUUAGCUGGCAUUUGAUAAGAAUGUCGCAAUGAUGUUUCCGCUUAUGUCCCGGUACUCUUACAUCUGGAAAAUGAACUAACGCACUUCCUGUGUAACCUUCCCAUCGUUUUUCGGGUUAUCCCAGCUUUAGAGCCGAUUGUUAAAUUUUGAUACCUUAAAUUCUUCCUUAUUUCGAAUAUCUCAAAUAAAUUAAGCCGACAACUGGGCACUGAAUAAUAAAUAGCAGGAAUCUACGCUGCUUCGCAACAUCUCUGUAUGCACAAGGUUGGCUGUAGCGUUCUGCACAGUAAAUAAGGGUACCGUGACAAAAAUACCUCCUUGGCUCUAUGUAUAUAUUGUGUUGACCUGUUGAAUAAGGUUAGGCAUAUGUAGAGCAAACCAUUAGGCUAAUACAUACAGAUAAUUUAAUCAAUCAGUGUAAUGACUAGUUGGGCAAAUGUGCGACAAACACUAGAUCCCUUUAAGCCUUUUUCUUCAAGCAGAUCAACAGAUAACUCGCAAAACGAAAAGAAGCUAGAGUACAAUAACUAUCUUUAAGCGACUGUAUUAGUUAAUCAUCUAGAACUGGAAUAAAGAAGACAACCUGUGAGGUGGGCAUGUCCCCGCCACAUCACCGUGUAUACAGUACACCUCUAGCAUUGGUUCUAUUUUUGAAAACUCACAAAAACAAACUUUGAAAAAAUCCUAUUGAUACAAUCGAAUUUAAACGUCGAGCGCAUUCUAGCUUGUCUUUUCUAACCGUAAAAAAAAAAUGAGUAAAUAGGUGGCCGGGGCAACCGCUUGUAACUUACCGUA